GCACGUUCAUGUUUCAAGCGCUGCGUGUUCAAGGUUUGUGACCCUCUUCAGUAAACAUGGCAGCAGUUCCUGCAGUGAGGGCUCUCCAUGGCCUCCACCAAUCAUUUGUGUUGCAGCAGAGCUUUAGGCUCGUUUCCCUUCAGCUCACAUCAACCUGCCUUUCACGGAGGCUUUGCAGUGCUGCUAAUGGACCAAAGCUGCCACAAAACCCAGAGAAUGAAUCUUUGCUUGAGAACUUAAAUCUCAUGGGAGUGGAUAUAAGGACGGCACACCAGCGGCAGCCUGGGGUGUUUCGGAGACUCUUCACAAAUGAGAAAGUCCUUGCCCAGUUUCUGAAAGAAAAAGGUGCAAGCUGCAAAGUCAUUGCCAGCAUUGUGUCUCGCUUUCCUCGCUCCAUCACUCGCUCAUUAGACCACUUGGAGCAGCGCUGGCAGCUGUGGCGGAACGUCUUCAGCACAGAUGCAGAAAUCAUCAGCAUCCUGGAGCGCUCACCUGAAUCUUUCUUCCGCUCUAGUGAUAAUGAGAACCUGCAGAAGAAUAUAGCUUUUUUGAUGUCCUUGAGUUUGAGCUCCAAAGUCUUUCAUCGGCUGAUGACCAAAGCACCACGGACGUUCUCCAACAGCGUUGCCCUGAACAAGCAGAAAGUAGAGCUUCUGGAAGACAUCUGUUUACAGCUUGGUGGGAAAAAUCCACAGCAGUUUGCUAAAACUAUAAUAACUAAAAACAUCUAUGUUCUCAUCAUGAGUGAUAAAAGAAUCCAGUCAAACGUCGACACACUGAAAGACUUUCUUAAGUUGAGCGAUUCUGCACUUCUGGAUCUUCUUGAAGGCCGGGGAGCAUACAUCCUGGACCUCUCUAGUGAGUAUCUGAAGAGAAAUCUUAAAACCUUUGAGCAGAAAAUGUUUUUACUUGGGUGUGAUGAUGAUGAAAUAAAAAAAAUGAUAACCAAAUACCCAGAGGUUCUUGACUUUGGGCCAACAACACUGAACGCCAAACUUGAUUGCCUCCUAAAUGGGGGCAUAACAAUAAAGCAAAUCCUGGAGAAGCCUAAAGUUUUGGAUUUCAGAGUGCAGAUCAUUGCUGAGCGACUGGAGCAGCUGCAGACAGUGGGAUACGAUUUGAAACAAAAUGGUAUCCACAUCCUGGACUCCAGUCAAAAGAGAUUUCUUGAAAAGAUGAACAAACUUUCUGCUUUUAAUAGAAAAUAGAUUAAACCAAAGACUGUUAAUCUUGAUUGUUUGUGACUAUAAGAUUAUGUUUCAGGCUCUACGUGCCUUAUUUGUUUGUGUAAUGACAAACAAUGUAUGUAUGUUGGCAGACUGCAAAAUUGUAAGUUAAUAGUAUAUAUAAACUUGUCUAACCAAUAGUCAAAGCUCUUGAACGUUCAAGUAUUUUACAACAUAAGGAGGUUAAAAACAUCACAUCUAUAAAUUUUAAAAACUGUAGCUAAUUUUUUUGUUUACUUUGACUCGAACAUCAACCUUAAAUGCCAAAAUGAUUUUGUUACAAUGUAAAAUGCCCACCUAAUGUGUUUAUGUAUUGGUAAAAGGCAUAGGCGUUACAUAUUCAUGAACUGUUUUUGGCUGUUAUAUGAAAAUGUAAUUUUGAAAUAAAAGCGACAUUAAAAAAAGCCUUUAAAUUUGA